GAUCUAAUCCAUAGUAAUCAGCAUGAGCAGCUAUGUAAAGGUAAACAUUUACAAAGCUUUGGAGCAGCUCCUGGAGGAUCAAUUUAAAGAAUUUAAGUGGAUACUAGAAGACACUGACUAUGAUGGAAAACCAACAGUUCCUAAAGGUCGGUUGGAGAAAGCAGACAAACGAAAAGUUGUCGAUCUUAUGAUUCAGAGUUAUGGAGAAGAUGCUGCUCUGAAAGUAUGCAUUGACAUCCUUCAGAGGAGUAAUGUAAGAGAUGUUGCUGCAAAUCUCAAAGAAGCUACAACAAAAGAUGUUGUUCUUUAUCAAGUGCCAUAUAUAUCAGGUUACAGAAGCCAUAUGAAAAGGAAAUUUUCAAAAAUGGAAGACCCUAAUUCUUGUUUUGGAGACAAUGUGUAUCUGAACCAGAGAUACUCAAAGCUAAUCAUAGAUAAAUACCUGCCUAAAAGAGAGAGAGAACAUGAAAUUAUAGCUUCUGGAAAAAAACAUGCUGAACUCAUGAAUAUGAAAGCUAGUUCUUCUAUUACCGUUGAAACCCUAUUUAAACCUGAUGAAUAUGGACUAAUCCCACAAGUCGUUGUGUUGCAAGGAGCUGCAGGAAUCGGAAAAACCAUGACAGCGAGAAAAAUCAUGUUUGAUUGGGCCUCUGAACGGCUUUAUCAGGACAUGUUUAAUUACGUUUUCUAUAUUCAUUGUAGAGAGAUGAACCUCCAUACAGACAGAGAGGAGAGUAGCAUUGUGGAUAUACUCUUAAAACAAUGGCCCCGCACUCAUGCAGGUAAAAACACCAUUGAAGAAAUUCUGAGGAAUCCAGAGAAGCUUCUGUUCAUAAUUGAUGGGUUUGAUGAAUUAAGAUUUUUCUUUGAUCGGUCUGGAGGCUGCCUUUGUACUGAUCCCUGGAAGAAAACGUCAGUGAGCAUCCUUCUGAACAGUUUAUUUCAAAAAAAGGUACUUCCUGAAUCCUAUCUCAUAAUCACGACAAGACCAACCGCUUUGGAGAAUCUCCAUCGAUGUUUGGAGCAUCCACAUUAUGUUGAGAUCCUGGGAUUUUCUAUCAAGGAGAGGGAGGAAUAUUUCCACAAUUUUUUUGAAAAUAAAGACCAUGCAGCUCAAGCUUUCCGAUUGGUUAAACAAAAUGACACUCUUUUCACCAUGUGUGUGAUUCCCCUUGUGUGCUGGAUCAUCUGCACGGUGAUGAAACAAGAGAUGGAGAGAGAUGAGGACCUUCAGCAGACCCCAUACACCCUCACGGCAGUCUAUCUGCUGUAUCUCUCCAGCUUGUUAAAAUUUCACCAUAAAGAAUCCAACGAGGAUAUCCAAAGAAACUUGAAAGGUUUGUGUUCUUUGGCAGCAGAAGGAAUCUGGAAUCAGCAAAUAUUAUUUACCAGAGAAGAACUGAAGAAGCACAAUUUAGAUCAGGAAGACUCCCUCCCCCUCUUUCUGAAUGAGAACAUUUUCAAGAGAGACAUUAAUCGUAUUCAUACAUACAACUUCAUUCACUUAAGCUUCCAAGAGUUUUUUGCUGCUUUGUUUUAUAUUUUGGAAGAGGGGGAGGAGCAGCAUUCUGAAAAUCUGAAUGAACAGUUGGGAAUGCUGUUAAAAAGCUCUCUGUCUUCUAGACGUGAUUUAGCAGUUACAGUUCGUUUCCUCUUUGGGUUUUUAAAUGAAGAGGAAAGAGUGAAAGAUUUAAAAAGAGAGUUUGGAUGGAAAGUUUCACCUAAGGUUAAAGAAUUUUUAUUAGGUUGGGUGAAAAAUACCAUUAAACAAUGGGGAAAUCGUAUUUUACAGGACAAAACUUUAGGUUACUUAUAUGAGGCACAAGAUGACUGUUUUGUAAAAGAUGCUUUGGAAUAUGCAACUAGUCUCAAUUAUGAUUGUAAAUCAGCCAUGGAAUUGAUGAUCCUGACCUAUUGUAUACAACAUUGCCGUAAUUUGGAGACGCUCUGCAUUGCAGGACCUUCUGAUUCAUUUGAGGAUGAGAUAAAGAGAGAAUUAUUUCCCACAGAAAACCUUUUAAAUCAUGAAGAGAGUUUGAUGGGAAAAUAUAUGGAGCGCUUCUUUAUAAAACUGGAAUUUCGGACGAACGUAAGGACCCUGAGGAUUCGUCGCAGCUUCUUGACGGAAUUGUGCUGCAGGCAUCUUGCUGAAUUUCUCCGAGGAACGUGGAAAGUGAGAGAGUUACAUCUGCCCGAUGGCAUCAGCCAUAAAGGAAUGGAAUUUCUUUGUGAGGGGCUAAAACAUCCGGACUGCAAGCUAGAGCAGCUGUGCCUUUUCAGAGGGUCCUUCCCAGAACCUUUCUGCAGGCUUCUUGCCGAAGCCGUCAGGGAAAGCCCGUCCCUGAGACUGUUGGAUCUCUCCCCCUGUGACAUAGCUGAGAAGGCAGUGAAGCUGCUGUGUGAGGGGCUCGAGCAUCCGGGCUGUAAACUAGAGCAACUACGGUGGUGUUGUUCAGUCAUAACUCCCUCCUGUUCCAAGCAUCUUGCUGAAGCUCUCAAGAAAAGCCAGACGCUGACGGAGUUAACUCUGUUGCCCAAUGACAUUGGUGACAAGGCAUUUCAACUGCUGUGUGAAGGGCUAAAACAUCCAGAAUGUAAAUUACAGAAUCUGAGGCUUUCUCUAGGGAUCCUGGGGAAAUCCUCCUCCGAGCAUCUAGCUGAAGUUCUCAGGGAAAGGCAGACACUGAGAGAAUUAGCUCUGUCCCCUUGUGAGAUCCGGGAAGACGCCAUGGAACUGCUGUGUGAGGGGCUGAAACAUCCCAGCUGUAAAGUAGAGAAACUGGAGCUUUCUAUGGGGUUCUUGACAGAAUCCAGCUACAGGCAUCUUGGCAAAGUUCUCAGAGGAAGCCAGAGACUCACAGAGGUAGAUUUGACUCACUUUGCGAGAGAUGUGGAGGCAUUUGAAAUGCUCUGUGAGGGGCUAAAACAUCCGGAGUGUAAACUAGAGAAACUCAAACUACGACUUUGUUGUAAAUCCAUGACAGUAUCUGGCUAUAAGCAUUUUGCUGAGGUUCUCAGGGAAAACUCAAGACUGAGAGAAUUAGAUCUGAUUCAAUUUGACCGAGAUGACAGAGCCUUGGAAAUGUUCUGUGAGGGGCUAAAGCAUCCAAAGUGUAGACUAGAAAAAAUCCGGUUUUCUGGGGGGUUCCUGCCAGAAUCCUUCUGCGGGCACCUUGCUGAAGUUCUCAGGAAAAACCAGAAACUGAGAGAGUUAGUGUUGUCUCCCGAUCAAUUAUUUGACAAAGCGAAGGAGCUUCUGUGUGAGGAGUUAAAACAUCCAGUCUGUAGACUAGAGAAGCUCUGGCUGAAUGGAGAAUGUAUAGACACGAACCACAAGAAUGGAGCCUCCACUGGAAUUGUAGAGAAGAAUUUUUCCUUUAUGCUGUAUUUAUUUAUUCAUUUAUUCAUUUAUUUCUUUAUAUAUUUUUGGUUUAUUCUGAGUGGGUAAGUAGCCUUACACUGGGAAUAGAAUUUGGAACAGCUGGAAUUUGAUACUCUCCAAGUGAAAGUCUGUAAGAGGAGCCACAGUUCAAGCUAAACUCUGUUUUAAAGAAUCCAUCCUUGGCUUUCCUUUCUUCUGUUCACCUGAAACAUUCAGAGGUACAAAAUUAAAUGUUAGCACAGGACCAUGUUAAUGGAAACAUGGACAGAAACUACAGAUAUUUUCUUCUCUGUGAGAAGAACUGUGCUCCUUUCAAGUCUGAAGAAGGGGAAAAAAUCUCUAGUUCCUCUUAAACAAUCGAGACCAUCAAAGAUACAAAUACUGUAAUGGUAAGAAUAAUUUGCAUGGCUGUUGUAAUAUACCUAUUGUUGUGUAACUAUUCUGGUAUUACGGCUUUUCUCACAUAGCUCGGAGGAGGAAGGAAUAUUAGGUAUGUUCUCCGCCUUGAGUUAUUUAUAAAAAUAAUAAAGGUGGGAUAAAAAAUAAAUAAAUAAAUGUAGAAUCCCAAUGAACAAAUGUUCUUUUAGCAGAAUAUGGAGACACAAGCAUGAUUUGAUCUAGCUUCAGUAACUCUGAAGGUUAGGAUUAGCUUUGCUACGUGUCAGUGAUUGCUCUCUCUCCAGAACACAUGUCUGCACAAAAGCAUUGACAGUGUUUAUCUCUUGCUUAUCGGUAUAUUGCUAUAUAUUUAAAAUUAUUUUAUUUCAAUUUUUUACUCCUAGAGGAUUUCUGAGGUUUCAGUUAAAAAGUUAACAUCAACAUAGGCAGUCCAACAAGAAAAAAAGCAUUCAGAAUGGGAAAAUGGAUGCCAUGGUUACUGAUACACAAUUCCAGAUGCAAGAAAGCCAAAUAAGGAGCAAAGAAAUUAGUAAAGUUUGGGACUAAAAAUUUGGUCUGAGUCUUAACCUAGGAGGUCAUCAGCAGUCGAAGAAAAUCCAAAGUAGUAGCUUUCAGUGACUUUUAGCAGUAACACCAAAGGACAAUCACACAGAACCCCUCCUGGAUACUAAAGAGACAUUCAUUGUGCAACGUAAGGUUCGUUUUACAGAAUGUUUUCACAAUUUUUCUGGAACUUCCCUGAUUUGCUUAUUAUUCCAAUAAACUGUAAAUUGAUUUUC